AUGAGAAACCCAAACAUUCAGAAAGAAGAACUUGUUUCAAAAGGAAGAAAGUAUUACUAUCUUAGUAUUAUCCAAGAUUUUACCAAAACCAAGGAUUCCACCACUCAAGAGAUAUCAAAUGUGAACCGUCAAUGCGAAGAAUUGAAGGUCUUCAAUUCUAAAUUGAAAGCAAAACAAAAAGAGCUAAAUAUUAAUGGUCCCAAAGGUGAAUACAAAAAUCCCAAUUUAGAAAUUAAUAAGCCAACGAAAGUGAAUGAUUUCAUCAAAAGUUCAGUCAACACUUCCAAUACAGAGCAAAGAAUUCAUCUUGCCAACAAUUUUGAGAAGGUUUCAGAUUUUGAGACUCGAGAGAAAUAA